AUGAUACAUACGAAUAAUAAUGGAAGUUUGAAUGGUGAUGAUGAUAAUAACGUGAUAAAUAAUGACGAGGGGGAUAUUAUAGUAAGCCGAAAAAAUGCACAUAUUAAUAAUAUUCGAAAUAAAAAUAAUAAUGAAAGAAAUUGUCCCAGUCCUUGUAGUAGUAAGAUUGAUGAGUUAAUAUUGAAUGAAACGGAUAUAAUUCGAAUGAUAAAGGAAGAAGGUCCUGUUUUGACUGAUUAUGGAGAUGGAUCUGAUAUUCAUCAUAUAAUUUCUGAUGAUAGGAUAUUAGAAGGUGAAUUCAAUGAAGUCUUGAAACAAUUCAGAAAGGGGAGUGAUAUUUUAAAUCUUCGAGAUAAUGAGACAACGAUUGAACGAGGAAUUAAUGAUCUUGAGGAUGAAGAUGAAGAUGAUGUUUACGAUUCCAAAGAACAUCAUGCUAAGAGUAAAGAAAUACUGUCAUACUCAACGAAGCAUACAGUCGAUACAGGUAAUUCAGUGGAGACGGAAGAAAAUGAGGAAGUUAUACCUCCAGAAAAUUUUAGUCAUGUUAUUGGAGAAAUUUAUCGAAGUAGUUUCCCUCGAAUUGAGAAUUUCCCAUUUUUGAAGAAAAGACUAAAGUUAAAAUCUAUUAUCGUAUUGAUACCAGAAGAAUAUCCACAAGAGAAUUUCGACUUUUUGGAAGAAUCCAACAUCAAAUUGUUUCAAGUUGGUAUGAGUGGUAAUAAGGAACCAUUUGUUAAUAUACCGUCUGAUUUAUUAACUAAUGCAUUAGAAAUUGUAUUAAAUCCUGCCAAUCAACCUAUUUUAAUACAUUGUAAUCGUGGUAAACAUAGGACAGGUUGUCUCGUUGGAUGUAUAAGGAAGUUACAAAAUUGGUCUCUUACGAUGAUAUUUGAUGAAUAUAGAAGAUUUGCAUUUCCAAAGGCAAGGGCAUUAGAUCAACAAUUCAUUGAAAUGUAUGAUGAUAAGGAAAUUAAACGAAUUGCUAACAGAAACAAUUGGUUACCAUUGCAGUGGUAA